CUCGUCUAGUCUAUGUUAUGAAGAGAAUAAUAUGGCGGACCAAAAUAACAAGGGCGCUAAAAGAUUAUUGUGGAUUUUUGUGAUUUCUGUUAAAUCAGUCACUGGUUAAUACAUUGUAUUGCACUUGUUAUGUUUAAAAUAUAUAUUGUGUUUAAAAUAUCUCAUAAAAAUUCAGAAUGUCUGCAAUCAAAGUAAAUUUCGAAAUCGGACAUGAAGCAUCUUUACGAUCGAAAAAAACUCCAGAAGGCUUUACUCAUGAUUGGGAAGUGUUUGUGCGCGGCCUGGAAGGAGCAGAUAUAAGUCACUUUGUAGAAAAAGUGGUUUUUCAAUUACAUGAAACUUUCAAAAAGCCUCGAAGAGUUGUGAAAGAACCACCUUUCUCAGUCAAAGAAUCUGGCUAUGCAGGCUUCGUCUUUCCCAUAGAAAUUUACCUAAAAAACAAAGAUGAACCCAAGAAAAUAAAGUUUUCUUAUGAUUUUACUCUACAACAAAGUGGAUCUCUCAAGGAUCGCUACAUAUUCCAAAACCCCAAUGAAGAAUUUAGAAAAAAGCUUUUAAAAGGUGGUGGCAUACCCAUAAGUAACAAUGCAUUUUACACCAAUCCUGACCAAGAAAGUAGAAGUAGAGAUUCAUUCACAGAAGAGAAACAGCAACUUGUAAGUAAGCCAAAAUUAACAUCUGAUAGUAACAAAAAACAUAAAUCUAAGGAACACAAAGAGGAAAUGCCACAUAAAACUAGUAAUAAUAGUUUUGAAAACUUAUUUGGACCUCCUAUUCAAAAACCGCCUAAAGUAUCACCAGACCCCAAAAAGAUAGAAAAGAAUGCACCACCUAUGAAAUCAGAUAAAAAAGAAAAAGAAAGAUCAAGUUCUGAUAAAAAGCAGAAACAUGAGCACAAGGAACUGAAGUCAGAUAAAGUUAAACUAAAAGAAGAAAAAGAUAAAGGGAGACAAGAGAAAAUUAAGAAUCAUAAUAAAGAAGGAGACAAGCUAAAAGAUAAAGCUAACAAAAGGCCUAUAGAAAGAACUGCAUCCCCAGAUGUAGCUAAAAAACGUUGUCUAAGUCCCCUAAGAAGAGUGCCUAGCCCUCCAAGGUCUAGUAGUGCUUCUAGUAUCAAAGAUGACUACAAACCUGCUAAACAUAACACUGAAGUUCUGGACCAAAAGAAACCUAAAUUAGAAGAUAAAAGUCUUGAUGUUAAAAUAGAAAAGGAAUCAAAAGAAAAGAAGAAAAAAGAGAAGAAAAGUCAUGACCGAGACAAAGAAAGAAAGGAAAAAAAGGAACAUAAAAAAGAAAGCCAUAAACUGAAAGAGUCACCAAAAGAGCCUCCAAAAGAAAUACCGAAAGAGGUGCCCAAGUUAAGAGAAGUUCCUAAAGAAAAGGAAAUAAUAAAAGAUUCUCCAACAAUUAAAGAGAAACCUAUGAAACCUGAUAAACCACUAAAUAAGUUUUCUUUGGAAAAUCUCAUAAAAACACCUGAUGAUGAUCGUCCAGAAAAUCAUAAAUCAAAAGAAAAAUCAGACCCAGAAAGGAAACACAAACAUAAGAAAAAAGAUAAAAGGCGUGAUGAGUCCAGAGAAAAACAUAAAGAAUCAAAUAAGGAAAAGAAACAUAAACAUGACAAAAAUAGAGAAAUACCUCCAGAAAAAAUUGAAGUCAUCGAGCGUAGAGAAACACCCAUACCUAAAGAACGACCUCUUCCUGAACCAGCGUCUCCUAUAUCUAUAGACACGGCAUCUCAAUGCAGUUCCAAAAGUGGUUUGGCCAAAUCGUCUCAUAUUGGUAAUGAAGAUGUCAACAGUAGCCAUUCAGAUUCUGAAAGCUCUGUUAUAGCAGAUGAAGAAGACUCUAAAGUGAAAAUUGAAAUGAUGUCACCAGAACCCAUUAAACAUGAACCAUCCCCUGAACCAGAACCAGAACUGGAUCCGGAACCUGAACUAGAACCUGAACCUGAACCAGAACCAGAACCACUGGUGGAACCUCCACCUCCACAUAAGGAGAAAAAACAGAAACAUAAAGAUAAAUCCGCUAAAAGAGAAGAAAAACGACGUAAACGGAAAGCAGCUGAAGAAGAAAGGGAAAGUUUAGAAAGUAUAGAACACAGAAAACUCGUUAAAACAGAAACAGCACCACCAUUCAAUGACACAGAGCGUGGUGAGAGCAGUGGAUCAACAUCUGCCGAGACUAAAGUGCAAGAUAAUGGGGUAUCUAGUAGUCUAGGCGAAGAUGCUGAGCCUGGAGAACUAUCGCCAGAUUACAUGGUGCAAUUAAGAGAUUUGCAACAGCGCAUAAUGAAAAUAAAAAAUAAUGAUGAUUUAGAACGAGUGGUUAAUUUAAUUGCUGAGACUGGACGAUAUGAAGUAACCACACAGACAUUUGAUUUUGAUCUUUGUUUGUUGGACCGCUCCACAGUACAACAGCUUAUACAAAUAGUGGGUUAGGUAGCAUAUUACGUUUCAAAAUCAGCUAUGUUACUGUAUAUAACGCCUCAAUGGAUAUAUACUAAGGCAUUUGUUCUGGGACUUUUUAUGUAUGUCGUGAAUUGAUGGCAGCAUGGCGGCAGAGCAGACAUAACUGCUUUUUAAUUACGACUUUUCAUAAAUUAAGUUAGAAAUAAUCUCGAAAGUUUUAUCUAUUGAUAUCUUCACAUUACUCGACACUUGAGUUUUAAGUGCAAUACUGUAUAGAUAUAUAAAGUUAUAAGACUGUUGAAAGAUUGUUAAAAAUAAUGUAUAUUUUGUACAUUAUUGUAUUGAUUCAUUAUUAAUUAAGCAAGUAAUUAAACUAAAAGUUUUUAUCCUCCAAUUUCCCAAUAAGGGAUCAGAGAGGCUAUGUUAAUAAUAUUGUAUAAUAGCUAUAAUGUCAAAUCUAAUGUUUUAAAUUUUAUUUAUAAGAAUAUUAUUUGUGCACUUUAUUGUUUAAGUUAUAACAUUAUUCUCUAUACCAUUUUGGUAAAAAUUGGCAUUGCAAUAAUGCAUAAUUUUUAAUUCUAAGAUAGUAUGUCCAGUAAUAUAAAACAUCACUAUUUUAGAGCAUAACAUGAAUUCAUUUAAGAAUUUGAGGGUUUCUUAAAAAUUCUGCAAACAUAUUUUUGUGCUCAUUUUGGCUUGGUUUGAUCUUGUACAUUUUAUUUGUUACAUAACUUAUUUUUUUAUUUAUCGUACUUUAGGAAUAAUAUAAAGAAAAAUAAAUAGAGUGUAUACUAAUAUAAAUUGUUUUGUUCCUCAUUCAUCAGAAAGUUGUAGUAUGUAAAUAAACUUAAACUAAUACAUAACGAAAUUCUAUGUUUAUUGUAGAAUGUGCUUAAUAAAAAAAUAGAAAACUCAAUAACUAGGCCAGCAUUUAAUCACUAGAAAUGCAUUUCUUUAAGUAAUCAAUCCUCUAAAUGUGCUUGUGAAAUUUUAUUUAUGCAUUAUUUUGGUCUCCUACUGUAUACAAAAUAUGGUAUAUACCUCAAAAUCAAAUGUUAUUUACUUUUGUAUUAUACUGUUAUGCGGAUGGAUGGGAUUAAAAAAAAUACAAGUUUUUGCAAUGA